AUGGAAGCAAUGGUGUCGGCACUCAUUCUCCCAGUUCUGAUCUUUGUUGCCAUUUCUGGGCGAGCAAGUCUGGCGGAGGGCUCACCAAUACUUGAGAGGCCCCAAAAUGUCUUUCAGGUUUAUCAGCCAGUUGAAUUUACGCCAAAGGGUGUCAAUGAUUGCGAUACAGAAGUUCUGCUGAUGUACCAUGUCUUUGCCGCGAGUUACGGUCAGCCGUUUGUGGGGAACUAUGUACCACCAAGCUGCGUCUUUGAUACUGUCAGGAUAAACAUGACCGUAACAUCAAGUGGUCAUCAGUAUGAUCGGCUAGCGCUCAUGUACCUGGGCGACGCAGAGGUCUUCCGCACCUCAACUGCUGAGCCGACAUCUUCAGGGAUCGUGUGGACAUACAUCAAGGAAAUGUCACAAUACAAUGCACUAUGGCAAAAACCCCAGAAGCUCAUCUUUGACCUGGGUAACAUCAUCACGGACGUUUACACCGGUCCCUUCAAUGUCACAUUAACCGCGCAUUUUUCGAAAACCGACUACGCACCCACUGCGGACAUGAUUCUCCCCAUCUCCGCCAAAAGAUCCGCAUCAAACUCGGCGAGUGCCUUCACAGUGCCUACAGAUAACACCACUGUCGCCUAUACCAUUCCCAAUACGGUGAGCCGGGCUGUGGUUGCCGUCUCUGCUUGCGGUCAAUCUCAAGAGGAAUUCUGGUGGUCGAAUGUGUUUACCGAGGACACCGAGGAUUUUGGCAGUACCGUCGGGGAACUUUACGGAUACUCGCCAUUCCGAGAGAUUCAGCUGUACAUUGAUGGAAUAUUGGCUGGCGUUGUAUGGCCGUUCCCUGUCAUCUUCACUGGAGGUGUGGCACCCGGAUUUUGGCGUCCAAUUGUCGGCAUUGAUGCGUUUGAUCUUCGACAACCCGAGAUUGAUAUUUCGCCAUUUCUGCCACUGUUACAGGAUGGGCGACAGCACUCUUUCGAGAUCCGAGUGACCGGCUUGAACAUUACUGCAAGCGGGGAUGCCGUUUUGGCCGAGACCGUAGGCUCAUACUGGGUGGUGACUGGCAACAUUUUCCUCUUCGUGGACGAUCAGGGUAGCUCUCAUACGAGUGAAUCAACGAAGGGGAGGAUGCCAGGUCCGCACAUUGUUGCACCAGCUCCCGUGUUCACCGUGAACCGACAGCUGAUACGCAAUGCGUCAGGAGGCAAUGACACAUUGUCAUAUUCUGUGACCGCAGAGCGCACCUUGACUAUAUCUUCUCCUGCGUACUCUUGGUCGCAGCGACUGUCAUUCUCCAACUUUGGGUACCUGAAUCAGCAGGGCUACAGUCAAGUCAAUGAUCAAAACACCUCGGGAAAGAACACAAUCUCCAAGCUCGGACAUGGCCAUGGCUCGAACUCGACGAGCUUCGAAUACCCUCUGCUGGUCAACAAUACCUAUGGAAUCACGGCAAACUCCUUGUCAAUCGACGCUUGGAUGACUCGAGGACUGGAUAUCAAAUCCUCUGGUGGACCUGGCAUUUCAACUUAUACCUUUGUGGCUGGUCCAUCUGAGCUACACACAAGUCAAUCUGGCACUGCGAACUACAAGUCAGUCACAGGGACAGGCUCAACCUCUUCAGGCACCACUAAGGACGAAUUCUCAAGCAUUUCCAAUGGAGUUACGUAUUCCAGACGCGUUGAAGCGGCAAAUGAUACUAUUGUCCUUGACUCGCAGCCAGGGAAAAUGGGAGAGUCUCCCAAAGUGGAUGACAUGAGAGCUUUGGGCCGUCAGAGUGUUCGGAGCAUGCUAGGAAGGGGACCGGGAAGUCCUCCGAGCUAA